AAGUAAAUCAUCACUGACCGAUCUAUUGGAGACGAUCAAGAACCAUGUCCGACCAGCUAGGAACUAUGGCAACACCUACUCAGGUCACGGCCACUAGUGACCCUUUCCAGGGACCUGACAUCGUCGUCAUCAUCGUCCUGUCUCUGAUCGCUCUGUGCGGUGCCUUCGGCAAUGCCCUCGUCGUCGUCGCCGUCUACAAAACGCGUGUUCUCCACACCGUCACCAAUCACUUCAUCGUCAGCCUCGCCUGCGCCGACCUAUUCGUCAGUAUCUGCAUCAUGCCUUUCGCCGUGGUCACCCAGAGUUUAAACGGACGUUGGCUCUUUGGUCAGAUCUUCUGUUCUAUCUGGUCCUCGCUUGACAUUCUCUGCUGCACUGCGUCAACGCUUAAUCUCUGUGCGGUCAGCGUUGACAGGUACAUCGCAAUAACGUCGCCACUAAAAUAUCACGUCGCAAUGACGCGCGCCAGAGCUUUGGGAAUCAUUUGCGUGGUGUGGUUGUUCUCCAUGUUUCUGGCGACGACGCAACUCAUAUGGAAACAUUUUAUUGGACAGACGGCCGAGUUGAUGCCUGGUUUUGAGAUCUGUCCGUACGCACUCGACAGGACGUUCCGAAUGUACGCUGCGUCAUCGUCUUUCUUCAUCCCUCUCACGGUCGUGAUCAUUCUUUACGCGCGUAUUUUCCGCGUUGCCUACAAACAAGCGCGUCAAAUCAACGCAACGCACGACCAGCUCCAAACGUCGCACCCGUCGCGGGCUCAAAUGAGAAGGAACGAUUCCGUUGAGAACGGCAACAACAACGCGCCGCCGAACGCUCCAUCAAACCACCAACUGCGUAAAGCGUCAAGAAUGUCGAUAGAGUUUGGAAUCGCGUCGCGUGAAGUUUACCCGCACCGUCAAUCACGCGAAGUGAAAGCCUUUAAAACCGUCGCCGCUGUGCUCGGCGCUUUUAUCAUUUGCUGGAUACCCUUUAGUGUGACGUUUGUGGUGGAAGCGUACUGUCGCAAGUGCCACCUGCCUGUUUCAAUGAUGGAUACUUUCCUGUGGCUCGGUUACGUCAACAGCGUCGUAAAUCCCUUCAUAUAUGCAUUCUUUAAUCGGACAUUCCGCACUUCGUUCAUACGAGUCUUGGGUCUGCACAGUCGCACAAGUUGUUGCGGUCACACAAUUGACGAAGACGAUUACAGGUCAACGAUUAUGGCAUAGGCUGAAAGAACAACGUCUUCAACAUGCACACACUCAGUUUAUAUACAUUGUUGAAACUGUGGAAAAAGUACAAAGGAUAUAACGCAACUUUGUAUAUGCAUUUAAAUGCUGACGCAAAAUGAUUGGGCAUAACGGCAAUCAAUCCCGACCGCAGCAGAGACAUUGGAAUCUAUCUGAUAACAGAUUACUCCGCGCAUCUUCUCUUUCACUUUUCUCCUCGGUGACAACUUCGAUAUAAUUAUUAUGACGUCAGUUUUGGAGUUGAGCAGAGACUGAAGUAUGACUUGUGGAGUAGUGUGGAGUGUUUGCCUCCUUUUAUGAGAAAUAACAAUCCACCAUUUCAUAUGUCAAUAAAUUAACAAUAAUUAGGUUAGUAUACACCAUACACGUGUUCAUUUUUUUCUUCAGGACGAAAAAUAUUCCACCACUAUAUCAAAAUCCUGUUCAUUUAACCUCCGAAAUGUUAAGGUGCGUGGCAUUACGCCCAUCACUAUUGCAUUUAGGUCCCCUACAGCUUUCAGGUAGUAAAUCGGCUAUUAACUAGGUUUUUG